AUGGUUUUUCGGGGCGCGGGGGACUCCUUCGGGCACAGCGUGGCCGAGGUCGACGGCGGGGUGCUGGUGGGGGCCCCCCUGGAGCCGGGAGGGGCCGGUGAGACGGGACGGGUCUAUCGGUGCUGGUUCAGGACUGGGAACUGCCAGGAUGUCCCCGUCACUGCCCCCCCAGAGGUGACCUCCAUGUCUCUGGGCCUGUCCCUGGCGGCCCAUGGAUCCCAGCUCCUGGCAUGCGGCCCCACGGCGCGGAGGGCCUGUGGGGUGAACAUGGAGCUGCGGGGGCUCUGCUUCCUCCUGCCUGCAGGGAACACACUGCCCGCCGCCCUGCCAGGUUGCCCCAUGAAGGCCUCUGACAUCGUCUUCCUCAUGGACGGUUCAGGCAGCAUCAUGACCCCUGACUUCGAGAGGAUGAAGACCUUCAUCACCCAGGUCAUGAGCCGGUUUGAGAGCACUGACACCCGUUUUGCCCUCAUGCAGUUCUCCAGUACGUCCACCCUCCAUUUUGACUUCGCCACCUUUGCCCGAUUGUCCCCGGCGGAGCGGGUGAAGGAGGUCCACCGCAUCACGCAGAGCAGAGGGACCACCUGCACGGCCACUGCUAUCCAGACCGUGGUGAGGCAACUGUUCACCCUGAGGAAGGGAGCCCGGGAAGGUGCCCACAGGAUCCUCAUUGUGGUGACGGAUGGGCAGAAGUUUGGGGACCUGCUGGACUAUGGAGAGGUCAUCCCCGAAGCGGCGCAUGCGGGGAUCAUCCGCUAUGCCAUUGGGGUGGGCAGCGCCUUUGUGACUCCAGACGCCGUAGAAGAGCUCCACACCAUCGCCUCCAAACCCAGCAAGGACCACGUCUUCCGGGUGGACAACUUUGACGCCCUGCAGGGCAUCCAGAACCAGCUGCAGGAGAAGAUCUUCGCCAUCGAGGGCACCCAGUCCGCCCACAGCAGCUCCUUCCAGCUGGAGAUGGCCCAGGAGGGCUUCAGCGCCCUGCUCACCCCCGAGGGGCCUGUACUGGGAGCGGUGGGCGCCUACGACUGGUCCGGAGGGGUCUUUGUCUACGGCAGGAGUGGGGAGACCACCUUCGUCAACGUGUCCCGCCGCCGGGACAUGAACGACGCCUACUUGGGCUAUGCGGCCGAGUCCCUGUCCCUGGUGGGCAGGCGGGCGCUGGCGCUGGGGGCCCCCCGCUACCGCCACGUUGGCCGCCUCCUCCUCUUCCACCUCCGCGGCCCCCGGGCUGCCUGGGAGCUCCUGGCCGAUGCCACGGGGCCGCAGGUGGGCUCCUACUUCGGGGCCUCCCUGUGCGCCCUGGACCCCGACGGGGACGGCUCCGCCGAGGUGGUGCUGGUGGGGGCCCCCAUGUUCUACGGGGCCGGCAGCGGGGGCCGCGUGGCCGUCUGCCCCCUGAGGGCGAAGGGUGGCCAGCUGCGGUGCCAGCAGAUGCUGCAGGGACAGCCCGGCCACCCCUUGGGGCGCUUUGGGGCCAGCCUGGCUCGGCUGGGGGACGUUGACGGGGACCAGUGGCCCGACGUGGCUGUGGGGGCCCCGCUGGAGGACGAGGAGCGGGGGGCCAUCUACAUCUUCCGUGGGAAGCGGGGCGGCGUCGCCUCCCAGUACAGCCAGCGCAUCUCAGGCGCCCAGUUCUCCAGCGGGCCACGCUAUUUCGGCCAGGCCAUCAGCGGUGGCCAGGACCUGACGGGGGACAGGCUGCCGGACGUGGCCGUGGGCGCCCAGGGACAGGUCCUGCUGCUCAGGUCCCAGCCGCUGCUCAGGGUCCGCGUGACGGUGGCUUUCCAGCCCCAGGAGAUCCCCGCGGCCGCCUUCGACUGUCAGGAGGAGGAAGCGCUCAAGGGGGAAGUGGCCAAGGCUCAGAUCUGCUUCCUCAGCACCAAGAAGACGCCCGACAGCUUUGGCAGCCAACUUUCCACCACCCUCCGGUACCAGGCGGCCCUGGACCCCAGCCGGGCAAUGGUCCGGGCCGUCUUUGCCGGCAGCGCCGCCGCCGUCCGCAACGGGACCCUCCGACUGGGCGUGGGACAGAGGUGCGAGACCUUUGCCAUCGCCUUCACGGGGUGCCCACGGGACACGCUGACCCCCCUGGUGCUGCGCCUCACCUACGAUGCCACGGGGCCCAUCGAGGUGGCCGGGGGCCUGCGGCCAGCCUUGAGCGAGGACUCGGAGAUGGUGGCCGUGGGCACGCUGCCCUUCGAGAAGGACUGCGGCGCUGACAACAUCUGCGUCGACGACCUCCAGAUCUCCUUCAACUUCUCGGGGCUGGAGACCAUUGUGGUGGGGGUGACCGACGUGGUGGACAUCACCGUCACCCUCCGCAACCACGGGGAGGACUCGUACGGGGCCACCGUCCAGCUGCAUCACGCCGAGGCCCUCUCCUACCGCAAGGCCGUGGUGCUCCAGUCCUCCAGGAGGUCCGCGUCCCUGAACUGCAACUCGGAGCCGGCGGAGGGACCGCGGCGCAGGACCCUCUGCCUCGUCAACCACCCUAUCUUCCGCCCCGGUGCCGAGGUCGUGUUCACCGUCACCCUGGACGUGCCCCACGGCGCGGAGCUGGGGGCCGUGCUGGAGGUGGUGGCCAAUGCCAGCAGCGACAACGGGGCGCCGGGCGGCCGGGGGCAGCGCGCUGAGAUCCCGGUGAAGUACGGCGUCUUCCUCGUCCUCACCAGCGCCCUGGAAUCCACCAAGUACGUCAACGUCUCGACCCGCGCGGGGGCCCCCACCAGCGCCCCCGUCACCCACCGCUACGAGGUGAAGAUCUUGGGCCAGCGGGGCCUCCCCAUCAACGUCACCUUCCUGGUCCCCACGGCCGGGGGGACCCCGCUGUGGGACGAGGUGGACGUCACCCCCGACCAGCAGGAGCUGGCGCAGUGCCGGGUGGUGGCCGAGCACCCGGGGGUCCCCGACGUCCCCCAGCGGCUGCAGGAGCGCCCGCUGCUGGACUGCGCCGUGGCCGCCUGCCGGGAGCUGCAGUGCCAGGUCCGGGAGCUGGAGCCCCCCCGGGCCCUGGGCUUCAGCCUCGGGGGAAGCCUGGCCCUGGGCUGGGUGGCAUCGACCCAGCAGCCCAAGGUGGUCGUGCAGAGCUCAGGCCGGGUCCUCUACGACGUGGGGCGCUACUGGAACACCGCGGGGGGGCCCCAGCUCCAGGUGCAGACGGAGGUGGAGCGCCUGGAGACCCCCAACCCGCUGCCCCUCAUCCUGGGGGGCACCGUGGGGGGGCUCGUCCUGCUGGGCCUGGUGGCUCUGGUGCUCUACAAGGUGGGCUUCUUCAAGCGCCGCUACAAGGAGCUCAUGGCGGGUGACGGGACCCCCACGGCCCCCCUGGGCGACCCCCAGGAGUGAGGCGGGAAAAGCGGGG